AGACAGGAUGGAGACCAUGUUGGUUUUCUCUUUCUUGCUUCUGGCCUGCUCUAUCUCAGCAGCUCAGACAGCUGACGAUGGAGUCAUUCUUAAAAAAAAGAUUGCGCUCCUACAACCAUUUGCAAGUGACAUGGAAGCUGUGCUGACAGGGAUAGUCACCUCUUUGGCUGUACAAAAAGAGCAGAUCACACUUCUUCAAAAGGAGAAUCAAGAACAAGAAGCAAAACUAAAAAAAGUGGAGACACAGAAGACUGAGAUUGAGCAGCUGAAGCAGAGGCUACAAGCCCAACAGGUGGCUUUCUCAGCCUCUCUGGUGGAGCAAGGUGGUGGACCUUAUACUGGACCAUUUAACACAGAGACUACUCUGAUCUUCAAACGCGUUGUCACAAACAUUGGAAAUGCCUACAACUCAUCCACAGGUAUUUUCACUGCACCAGUGAGAGGAGUCUACAACUUUGGGUUGACCCUGCAUGGACACGGAGACAGUGCAUAUCCUACAUCUGCUAGGUUGUUCAUGAAUAAAGACCUCAUUUUUACGGCAUGGGAACAUCAGGCAACACAUUCCCCAAGUGCCUCUAAUGGUGGCUCACUGCUUCUAGAUGCUGAAGAUCAGGUGUAUGUGCUCCUCUGGCCUGGUGCAAGGAUAUUUGAUGAUUACAAUCAUCAUACCACCUUCAGAGGUCAUCUGCUUUUCUCCAUGUGAAAGGUGUACCAGCUGCAAACGUCCUGUUUGGGUUGUCUUGUAGCUUUUUCUUUAUUUUUUCAGAAGUAAAACAGGAAGUAAAUCACCUGCUGGGAUCAGUGAAACUUUUCUUAUUUUUCAUCUGUCUGUAAAUCCAAAAUCCAGAUACACUAAACAAUAAUGUUAUUUGGAUCUCUCUCUUUCUCUCUUCUGAUUUCAAAAUUCAGUG